AUGUCUUUAAGGGAUCAAUUAGCUCAAGUUGCCGCUGCUAACUCAACUGUUGCCUUAGAUAGAAAGAGAAGACAAAAGCUUCAUUCAGCAUCGUUAAUUUACAACCCAAAGACUGCAGCUACUCAAGACUAUGACUUCAUCUUCGAAAACGCGUCCAGCGCACUCCGUGAUUUGAUUGAAAUUGACGCAAGGUUCGAGACCUUUAGCCAAUCUCUAUUUAAUCCAUCAUCGGUUUCAAUAGACAGAAAUGUCCAAACGAAGGAACAGGUAAAGGAUUUGGAUAAUGCAGUUAAUCUAUUUCUUAUGUUGUCAUCUUCAAGAUGGCAUUUAACACCAACACUUCAUGCUGUUGAAUGGCUUGUUCGCCGUUUCCAAAUCCAUAUCCAUAAUGCAGAGUGCCUAAUGCUUUCGACAAUAAACUAUUACCAGGCACCGGUGUUCAAAAGAAUUUUAAACAUAGUUAAGUUGCCACCCCUCUUCAAUCCUUUAAGCAACUUUGUCAGAACAGAAAAAAUGCCUACAAGCUUGACGAUCAUUAAGUUGUUUAAUGACAUGGACUUUUUGCGUCUUUACACCAACUAUUUAUCCACGACCAUUAAACAAAAAGUAACUUAUACCAAUCAGCUAUUGUUUACAACUUGCUCUUUAAUAAAUUUGGUCGCAUUUAACUCCGGUGAUGAAAACAGCUUGACUAAACUUGUGCCAAUAAUUCUCGAAGUAUCCGCUAAGUUGCUGGUUUCUAGUUCCGUUGACUGUCAAAUUGCCGCGCAUACGGUUCUAGUCGUUUUUGCAACUGCCCUUCCCCUAAGCAAAGAAAUAGUCUUGGCUGCCACUGAGACCAUUUUGGCAAACUUAACUAAUGGGAAGGCGAAGAGAUCCGCAUUGAUAUCCAUCUGUAAACUUUUCCAAACACUCAGAGGUCAAGGUAAUGUUGAUCAGCUACCUCCCAGUAUUUACAAGCUAUUUGACUCCAGAUUCGACUUUGACUUUUUAGGAGAAUUUUUGGACAAGAAAGAGAAGGUUCCUGUUGAUAAAUUCAUUACCACUUACAUUAGAGCCGUCGCAAGAUAUGACCAUGAUAAACUAGAUCAUCUUGUUCCCCUUCUUAAGGGGGUAAAACUCGAAAAAUUUGAGGUUAGGCUAAUCAUUACGGAUCUCAUCCAUCUUUCUGAGGUCAUCGAGGACAAAUCCCAGCUUAUCAACAUUUUUGAGUAUUUCAUUUCAAUUAACGAAGAUAUGGUUUUGAGAUGUCUAGGAUCAUUAAAUUUAAGUGCUGAGUUAUUCGAAAUGAGGUUGACUACAUCUCUUUUCGCAGCAAAUCGUGCCAUAGACGACACACCAAUCGACAUAGAGCCUGCAAAGGUCAUCGGGGCAUCCAAGAGUGUCGAAUCUUUUAAAGAAUUCCUAAACAAAAAUUCAGAGCACAUUAACACAAAAAAUACCUCUAUGCUAAUAGAAGAUGACCAAAAGUUCGGAAAACUUCUUUCUCUGUUUGUCGAGGCUGUAAGUAAGAAGUAUCAACCUCUUCUUUUUCUUUCUUCCUUUUUCACCACUAUGGAAGGUAGAUUGACUUUCUUGCUGAGGGUUACCGUCUCCCCCGCAUCGCCAGUUGCACUCCGCUUAAUUUCGCUCAACACCUUAUCGAAAUUAAUUAACCAGAUUGACCACGAGACAAAUGUCUUCACUUUGGUCCCAAUCCUGAUUACUGCGUUGUCGGAUAUUUCUAAAAAUGUGAGAUCAAGUGUCAAGAAAAUUCUAACUCAAAUUUUGAAGAGGCCUUUCACCAAGCACUACUUUCUUGCUAACAAAAUAUAUGGGGACUUAGACGUUCCAAUGCUAAGUCCAAAGGACAGCCAAACUUGGUUGGAAGACUUUUUGAGAGAAUAUUUGAUUGAGAACUAUGAUAUCUCUAACGUAUUUAUUCCUAAAAAAAAUGAGAAAAUAUACCUAAUAUUUUGGGCCAAUCAAACUCUUUUCAUGCCACUUCCUUAUUCAAAAAUGACUUUACUCCGUUUUAUCACAAGUCACCCAUCAUAUGGCUCAACUUACUCUCAAUUGUUCGAAGGAUUUUUCAAAAGCUAUUUGACGCAAAGAAGUUCAUGGGAAUCCAAGUGCGAAGCUAAUAAAACCAGCUUUCAUGAUUUCGAGAGUGCGAUUGUCUCUACCAUUGCUCCUAAGGAAAAGAGCAAGGCUAUCAUUGACUUCAUAAUGGAUGCACUAAAAUCCGACUUCACUCAACUGGCUAAUCUAAUUGCAGACAGAUUAAUAACCAUUUACCCAACGCUUAAGUUUAAUCAACAAUUACAACUUGUUCAAAAUAUAAUUGAUACUACGGCCGAGUGUGAUUUGUCAUACGACUCUGUAAAUCUUUUACAAUCCCUUCCAUUGGGUACUGAUAUAUUUGUGGCCACUCUUUCUCAUUAUCGAAUCAACUCUGAUGAAGAUUCAAAUGAUUUGAAUAAGAGGAGAAGAAGAAGAUCAUCAACGACAAAUAAAAUGGCUCUACAAAAAGAAGAGGUCUCUCAAAUAGCUGAGGUUCAUCUGAGAAAGUUAACAAUUUUACUAGAGGCUUUAGACAAGAGCAAAGUGACCGGAACAGAACCUUUACUCAGUGGCUUAUUCAACAUUCUUUCUGAUCUUGAGACCUUGGAUCAAGAUGGUGGCUUACCUGUGCUAUAUGUUCAAGAAACUAUCUCAUCUUGUAUGCUGGAGACCAUUGAAUCUUUGAAAGCUAAUUCUGACGCCGAUCUUGGUUCGAUCAGAGCGGAUAUACUUGUUUCUGCCAUCAGCUCUUCUCAAUCACCUCAAGUUCAAAAUAAGCUCCUGCUAGUCAUUGGCGCGCUUGCAACCGUUAAUCCCGAAAUUGUUCUUCACUCCGUGAUGCCUAUUUUCAUCUUCAUGGGUGCGCAUACAAUUCGUCAAGAUGAUGAAUUUUCCACUUACGUUGUGGAAAAAACUAUUAGAACAGUUGUACCUGCUUUAUUGAAAUCCAAUUCCUCAAAUAAGAAAGACGAAACAGAGCUUCUAUUGAUGAGUUUUGCUACUGCUUUCGCGCAUGUUCCAAAGCACAGACGGGUAAGAUUGUUUACAUCUUUAGUGAACACAUUGGACGCUCAUGAAACCAUUGGUCCUUUUAUGUUCUUGAUUUCUCAACAGUACUCAUCGCAAAUCAAUAAAUUCAAGGUUGCUGAAAGCAAGUCAUUGAUCGAAUUCAUGAGGGCUUUCAUGAAUAAAUUCAGUAUAUUGGAUCAGAUUCACGGGCUAGAAGAGUUUUUUGGUCUAUUGAAUGUUGUAACAACAGAAACUUCCUCCGAAGUUAAAGAAUCUAUGACUGCCAGAACAAUAUUCUCAAAUGGGAUUAUGAACUUCACAUUUUCUGAAGCUGUAUCAUUGAAGAAGAAUGCGCUGGACUUCAUUGAUAAAGUGAUCGAGAAUAACGAGGCUCAAUUCCGCGGCACGAACAGCUUGAAGUUGGGCAUCACUAGUGCAUUAUGGGAUUCUGAACUGGAUAAAGAAUUCACCAACUCUCUAAGAGCAGAAUAUAGCAAAUUGUUACAAACAAUCUUGGACUCCAUUAAUGAUAUAGAGAAUACAUCUAGUGGUAAUGUUGUUACAGAGGAUGAGUCCUUUUCUGACAACGAUUAUGAAGAUCACAUGAAAGAUAUUUCUGAUAUUCUCUUUAGUCUACUAGGCCAUGUCUUAGACCUUUUGCCCAUUAAAGAUUUCGUUUCUGCAGUCUUACCAUUAAUAAGUAAGGAUUCGAAGGAAGAAAUCAGAAAUCGCUUAACAAUGGUUAUUGCUUCAAAGUUCGAUUUGGAGCCGAUGGAAUCACUCAACUGUGCUGACGAGGUCAUGAAGGCAUUAUUCAAGAAUAUUAAUAUCCAAAUUGAAGAGGCAAGCUUGGUACAAGUUUCCCUCAAUGCAGUGAGCUCGUUAAUUAGCAAAUUCGGCGAUAAAUUGGAUUCUGAAAACUUGAUCCAAACGCUCAAGAUUAGCAGUGUGACGCUACUUUCCGGCAAAGUCGAAAUAAUCAUAUCUUCUCUUGCAGCGGUAACAAAUGUGAUUCAUGCAAUCGGUGUUAAGUCUAUAGCGUUUUACCCCAAGAUUGUGCCACCCACUUUGAAGAUCUUUGAUACUUUUGAGGACAGUUCCGAAGAACUUGAUGAGGAACUUCAAUUAGCAAUCCUUCUAUUGUUCUCUUCAAUGGUGAAGAGGAUGCCAGCGUUCCUCAUGUCGAAUUUGGUUGAUGUAUUGCGUGUCAUAUUUUCCUCAAAUAGAGUCCAAGACUCUGUGAGGUUAUCAAUAAUUUCACUAGUCGUCGAGCAAAUUGACUUGAAAGAAGUUAUGAAGGCUUUGUAUAAGGUCUGGCUCUCUGAUAUCUCUAAGGCCAAAGAUGCAGUUUCAGUAUCACUAUUUUUGAGUUGCCUGGAAUCAGUUGUGGAUGCAAUUGACAAGAAAGCUGCGACUUCUCAAUCUCCCACAUUUUUCAAGCUAUUGCUUUCAUUAUUCGAAUACCGAUCAAUCAGCAUUUUUGACCAUAAUACCGUGAGCAGACUUGAAGCUUCUGUUCAUCAAAUUGCAAAUACUUAUGUUUUGAAGUUGAAUGAUAAGGUGUUCAGACCUUUGUUUGCUAUAACAGUGAGGUGGGCAUUCGAUGGAGAGGGUACGGUGAGCACUACAAUUACAAAGAAUGAAAGACUGAUCGCUUUUUUCAAGUUCUUUAACAAAUUACAGGAGAAUUUGAGAUCCAUUGUUACAUCUUAUUUCACCUAUUUGCUUGAUCCGGUGACUGCCCUAUUGAAGUCCUUCAUUUCAGGGGAGCUCUCAGAUGUGAAUCUGCGUCGCCUUGUACUCAACUCGCUAACUUCCUGCUUUAAGUAUGAUCGGGACGAAUAUUGGAAAUCCACAUCCCGUUUUGAACUCGUCUCUGAAAAUUUGGUCAAUCAAUUGAGCAACAUAGAAGACUCGAUUGGUAAAUAUUUGGUCAAGGCUAUUAGCUCAUUGGCAGUAAAUAACAAUGGGGUGGAUGAGCACAACAAGACCAUGAACGUACUCUUGAUCUCUCACAUGAAGUCUUCCUGCAAAAACCGUGAGAAAUAUUGGGCAGUGAGAUCCAUAAAACUAAUUUACUCUAAAGUUGGUGAGGGCUGGUUGGUGUUAUUACCUCAACUGGUUCCAACGAUAGCUGAACUUCUCGAAGACGAUGAUGAAGACGUUGAAUUUGAAGUUAGAACUGGUCUAGUUAAGGUCGUUGAAAAUGUUUUAGGAGAGCCAUUUGAUAGAUAUCUUGAUUGA